CUCAAUGAAAAUCGACGCACCGUGUGUAUCCACACCAUUUGCAUGACAGCUAGAUGGUGAUCGUUUGACAACUGAAGAACUGAGUCUCUUAAAAAUGUCGACAUAGUUUUUCGACGCCCAUCCGCAACUGCGGAGAGGGUGUCUGUAAAGAAAAAAAUCAUGUCCUUUCACUCUUUGCGGCGUGGUGAGGUCCUGUCACGGAUCAUUCUUCUGAGCUGUGUCCUAGGACUAAUUCCCCGAGUGGUCAAUGCAUUUUCUUUUCCGAAUAUGCCGUGGACCGGUCUUUUCGACGCCGAAGCAUCUGGUACCACGAAUCGAGUUCCUUACUGUGUUGGUGCGAAUCCACAUGGCCAUCGAGGAACAGGUGGCGAUGUUUUCAGUUUCGUCCUCGUAUCAGAUUACGCCGGUGUGUCGUAUUUCACCGUCGACCCGCAUCGGUCAGGUCCUAUCACCGAUUUUAACCAGAAAAAGCGUCUGGUAACUGGCGCUCCAGAAUUGCCAGGCGGAUAUGCCGGAGCUGUUGCCGCUUGUUGCAAUUUCCUGUAUGUCGCAAUGGCGCCACCGUCUGAGGCCUUUGCGCAUGGGUCUGGACCCACUGUAAAGCCGCAACUGUUACAGUACACUCUGGCGGUAGGCGAGGACUUGGAGAACGUUAACAGCACUGCUACGUUGGCGUCAUCGUUGGCUGCGGUUCAUUAUGGGGUGUCGUGUAAGUAGGUAAAAGAAUGCUCUGUAUUGAGUUUCAGAGCCGUGGAGAGUUUCAGCUUGGUGAUAUUAGAUUUUCUUUUCCCAACCAGCUGCAGUAAUCCAGUAGUACUACAAUUCACUCUAUCGUAGCGUAAUCGUGAUUGCUAAUUCGCGUCCAGCAGCUCUAUCGUCGGAUCCGCCGAGCAGCUUCCGCCGCCUAUCUUGAAUAGCGCACCAAUUGGUCGACUCAGCGUUUUGGACGAGCCUCCGCGGAUUGUCCUCGCUGAGAAGAAGAUCACCGAUUUAUCUUGCGGUCGCGCUUCGGGAGAUCUAUUCGUAGCAACUGAAGAUAGUGCUGCUGACGGCAAAGUCUGGCGCUAUUCCGGCGAGAAAUUGGCGAAGUUUAGCGGACAAGAAAUUCGCGCUGACGAGUUAGAGCCGAAAGUUGCUUAUCUUCCUGGUACUUUCCAUAAGAAUACAUAGCGUGACCUGCUGUACCACAUGUGCCACUCGUCUCCACCUAGUAUUUACAUUUGAUGAGAAACAAGCCGGAACCAGGCAGCUUCGAGUGAGUUGCUACGUGGUUCGAAUGAAUGAGUGGAACUCAAUCUGCCUGCGUGAUUUCUCAGAAGUCUCAAAGCUUCUCUAGUCUGACAUCAUUCAAAUCCAGCUUCCACUAGUCUACCCACCGGUGUUUCUAGCGAUGGACUCGAUGUCUUCCUGGUAGAUAAAGCGGGUGGCGCAGACCAUAUCCAGAAGGUCCUUGUGGAUGAUGCGAAAGAGGACAUUCCGCUGGCAAAACAGAUAGACACCAUCUCCGGCCUUUGCAAUGAUGCGCAGAGCGUGCUGUAUUUGGCACCACAUUUAUGAUGCAUCACUUAAUAAUUGUAAGCACAUUCGUGAUACUAGAGAUUCCUUGCCGGUUUCCUUGAAGAAGAUUACUAAGAGUAUAGCAGCUGAUGUACACUGACGCAAAGGUCCCGGAGAAGCAUCGAUUCCGUGAAUGGACACAUUCUAAGAUCCUGUGUCGCGCCAAGUACCUCUACCACGGAUCUCGCGACUGGUGCCUCGACAGCGCCCACCUGCUCAGAAGCCUUAUGGGCUGUGUCGAAGUUUGCGGCUGUGGGGAAACCACCAGCAAAGUUCCUAGCAGAGGUAGAGGAAGAGGUGGAAGAAGAGUUACGCGAGUCAUUUCAUGAGUGAUUGAAAACUUGGUGUUUUUGUUUGUGAUGAAUAGUACUGGUUCAUAAAACCAGUUUCGUUUUUCUCCACAUCAAGCAAUCAAACCCGUGAAAAUCUCGUAGUAAUUUCACCCAUAUUUAAUUCGAGGCUAAGUGUCACCACCCCUUUUCAUAACCCGAAGACGCAGGCAAAGGCCGCAUGCUGAUGGACGGCUUUCAAGGAUCCAAAGGGUGCACCACUGACGGCGAGAGCACUGCUUUUGUCUUGCACCAGAGCGCCAGUGGUGACUACAGGAUAACUCAAGUCGUACCAGCAGAAAAUGCCUCUACGUUGUUGGAGACAGAUAGUGGCGUGGCAGGAACAAUGACAAGAACAAGUAGCGCAGUCGCGACCGAUACUGCGGACUCGGAAAACACUCUGAAUGCUGCUGCGACUGCUGCAGAUGUCUUCGCAAUGAGCGCACCCGAGAGCACCAUAAGCUUGCUCGAGGAGCCGCGAGGAAUUGCAUUUUUUGCUGCGCCGGGGCUGUGAGGAUUGACGCUUGCGGUCGGACUGUCCGAACAUUCAUUGUCCCACGGCAAAACGAUCCCAAUUUUUUUUCCAUGGCACUGAUUCUUUUUUCCGAUCGAAUAAAAAUUUCGAAUUUGAGUUUGGAUGUGAU